GUUGAAGUGUUUGUAAAGCUGCUGUUUGGAGAGAAUCAGUCUGUGACUUACAUUUAUUCUGUCAAAUCAGGCAGAUAAAUUGAUUAUGUCAGCGUUUUGGUUUGAAUUAAAGAUGCUUUCUUUUCCAGAAUUACACAAACAUGUUGGACACCGGGCUGUCUCUCUUGACUCUUGCUAUGUUAAACACCAGUCGAUUUGCUAAACAUCGACUCUCCAACGAAAUUCCUCUCCGCCUGCGUGUGUGCAGUUGAGAUUAUACCGGGCGUCUCCUCCGACCAAGAGCUGACCGUGGACCAGUCGGCUGAUAUGAGAACUCUCUGAUUGAGAAGAUUAAAUACAAUUUACAUUCUUUGGAAACUGGCUUAAUUUCCCGAGAGCAUCCUGUGGCAGCUUACAGUUAGAGCUGUGCCCGUACAGUCACUGCGGAAAAAUGGCGAUGAUUUCAGGGUUCAUCUUUCUGUGCUUGCUCCAAGCUGCAGUCCCUCAAGGUCUGACCCCUCGUGGACCCAGGCCAAUACCUGGGCAAAGUGACCCUCCAAAUCCAACUCCACCUCCGCUCGAGCCAACACCCAGACCUCAAGGUUGUAAGACUGGGAUAAUCGAUUGUCCCGUCAAGCUGUUUUUCACCCUCGACACCUCAGAGACCAUCGCCUUACAGGAGUCCCCGCCUGGGAGUCUGUGGAAAAAAGUUAUGGAGUUCACCAAGAUCUUUGCCCAGAAGCUGGAUGAUGAGGAUUACAGGGGCCAGAUCCAUAUCUCCUGGUCCAUAGGAGGCCUGAACUUCUCUGAGACGCAGCACGUCUUCAGUCAGUUCACAACCAAGGAGAACUUUAUCAGGAUUCUCAAUCAAGGGAUUAUAUACGAAGGCAAAGGAACGCACACUGACUGCGCCCUCAAAAAAAUGACUCACCAUAUGACCCACCACUUCUCAGGGACGGGUGCCGUCCUCUUCUCUGUGGUCAUCACCGACGGGCAUGUGACGGCAGAAAAAUGCGGAGGGAUCAAGGCGAUGGCAGAGAAUGCCCGGGAAAACAAGAUCCACAUUUUCUCAGUGGCGCCGUCCAGAAACAUUGAUGAAUUAGGAAUGAGGGACAUAACCGGCUCUCUCCCUGAGGUGUACCGUGAUGACUACAUAGUCGUGGACGUCGUUGAUGGGAAACCAGCAAUAAAGACUGAAUCCAUCGAUCGUAUCAUAAAGAUUAUGAAACAUCAAGCCUAUGCACAGUGUUAUGAGCAAAAAUGCUUGAAGACUCCUGGGAUCCCUGGACCAAACGGGCAGACAGGACCCAAAGGUAUGAAAGGAGACAGAGGUCAAAUUGGACCAGGCGGAGCAAAGGGUAGACACGGUGAUCCUGGAAUUGAGGGUCCAAUCGGACAACCGGGUCAAAAGGGAGGGACUGGUUUGGAAGGUGACAAGGGUGAAAUCGGAUCAACUGGAGGAAAGGGUGUGGCAGGAGUAUCUGGAAUGAAUGGAACUGACGGUCAAAAGGGUAAAAUUGGCCGAAUUGGAGCUCCUGGUUGCAAAGGUGAUCCGGGUGAUAAGGGACCAGAUGGUUUCCAUGGAGAUGUUGGUGACACUGGGCUACCUGGUAACAACGGUGAAAAGGGAGACCCAGGCCGCCUUGGAAAGCCGGGUCCCCCUGGCCCUCGUGGUGACCAAGGACCAAAGGGUGAAGAAGGAAAUCCUGGAAAUCCAGGGCCACCGGGCAAAAAGGGUCCUCUGGGGGUUCCUGGCUCACUUGGACCACCUGGCGAAGAAGGAAGGAGAGGAGACCCUGGGACAAAGGGAGGACAAGGUUCUGAUGGGCUAAAAGGAGCGAAGGGGGAACAAGGGCCACAUGGAGGCAGAGGCCAGCCCGGAGUUAACGGACUUGCAGGCCCAAAGGGGAACCAAGGACUACCGGGACCGAGGGGUCUGCCAGGAGAAAUAGGGGGCCCGGGAGGAAAUGGCACCAAGGGUAAUGCUGGGGAUCCUGGACCAAGGGGAGACUCUGGGCAACCUGGACCAAAAGGUGACAGUGGAAGACCGGGAUUCAGCUUUACUGGACCGAGAGGACCCAAUGGAGACAAAGGUGAUCAAAGUAGAAGAGGACCCAAUGGGAGCAGAGGUGAUUGUGGUGCCAAAGGACAAGCUGGAGUUAAUGGACCACCAGGAGAGGCUGGGGACGAGGGUCAGCCGGGUGAGCCAGGAGGCAGAGGAACCAGAGGGAAUCCUGGAUCUGAUGGGGACCCCGGACCAAUGGGCGAUCCUGGGCUCAAUGACUGUGAUGUCAUGACUUACGUCAGGGAGACGUGUGGUUGUUGUGACUGUGAGAAGCACUGUGGAGCUCUGGACAUUGUGUUUGUAAUCGAUAGCUCAGAGAGUGUUGGGCUGACAAACUUCACCCUGGAAAAGAACUUUGUUAUCAACACCAUCAACCAGUUGGGAUCUUUUGCCAACGACCCUGCGUCUUCAACCGGCACAAGAGUCGGAGUUGUUCAAUUCAGCCACAACGGGACCUUUGAAGCCAUUCAUCUCGACGACCCAACCGUCAACUCCUUGUCUGCCUUUAAAACGGCAGUGAAGAACCUACAGUGGAUAGCCGGGGGCACCUUCACGCCCUCAGCUCUCAAGUUUGCCUACGAUAGCCUCAUCAGGGACGGCAAGAGAGCCCAAGCCAAAGUAUCCGUGGUGGUGAUCACAGAUGGUCGCUUUGACCCACGUGACGACGAGAAUUAUCUCCAAUACCUUUGCGACAACAAUGUGGUGGUGAAUGCCAUCGGGAUUGGUGAUAUGUUUACAAAGAAACAGGAUGACGAGAUCCUCGGGUCGAUCGCGUGCAACAAAAAGGAGCGUGUCACUGGGAUGGCGCGUUACGUUGACUUGGUGGCUGAGGACUUCAUAAAGACGAUGGAGACUGUGCUCUGUCCUGAUCCUGUGAUUGUGUGCCCAAAUCUCCCCUGUAAAAGUGAGCCUGAUGUAGCUCCGUGUGUCCAGCGGCCGGUGGAUUUGGUGUUUCUGCUAGAUGGCUCGGAGCGCCUUGGGACGGAAAACUUUCGGUACGUCCGUGAAUUUGUGCAGAAGGUGGCAGACAGACUGGGAUUGGCCAAGAGCAAGGACGAUCGUAUGCGAGCCCGCUUGGCGUUGAUAGAAUUCGGCAGAGAGACCGAGAACCGCGUGGCCUUCUCUCUCACACACAACCCUGCCACCAUCGCCGACGGCAUAGAGCACUUGUCUUAUCUGGAUUCUGCUUCAAGCAUCGGGCCUGCCAUCCUUUACACCAUCGACACCAUCUUGGGUAAAGGAAAUGAACGCCAGACGAGGCGUUUCGCAGAGGUUUCGUUUGUUUUCAUCACAGACGGCAUCACUGACAGCAACAACCUGGACGAGGCUGUGAGUGCCAUGCGUGGGGCACAGGUCGUUUCCACAGUGUUAGCCACGACAAGUGACGUUGACCAAAAAGUCCUAAUGAAGCUGGCCAUGGACGACCAGGACGCCAUCUUCAAAGGAAAAGACUUCUCUGAUCUGCUCCUGUCUAGUUUGUUCGACCGUUUCAUCAAGUGGGUUUGUUAAAGAAUGACCACAUGGAUGCAGACAUCAUACUGGUCUUACUGCUGUUAAUCGAGCAUUUUAAACAUGAGAAAGUGGUUGACUAAGAUUCUACCUUGCACUGUACAAUUUGCAUUGUUCUUUAAUACAUUUGUCAUGAAAACUGUAUUUAUCUUCAAUGUUUUGUUAUACAAAUCGUAGUAAAAGUCGAGCAUUCAUAAACAUUCAUUAAGCUUUAAGAUAAUAAACCUGCAGUUUGAUGGACAAGGCAGUGCUGUCUUGUGUAAAAUCACAAAGGAUUUGUCAUGCACAUAAAUCUUGAGAUUUAAAACACUCACUGUAUCCAACAUUAUGGAAUAGGAUAUUAUUUCAAAUAAUUUUGACAUUUAAGACAAAACACAUAUAAAGCCCUCAACAUACAGUACUUGAGUUAUAAAGAAAAAGUAUUUCAUACAGCACGGGUAUAAACAUCAGCUAAGUCAGACAUUGUUUUAUGCAGUAUGUAUGCAGUUACUCAGUGUUGGGAGUACCAUGGCUCCUAAAGUGGGAGGCAGAACAAUGGACGGCUGAACUGGUUUAGUCUGGACGCUCCCAUUGCUUCCACUGUUACAUCAGGUCCAGCUGCACAGGAAGUUAGAAACAUAAAAGAUGUAAGAAUGGAGCGUUUGUAUGAAAGG